AUGCGUGUUCCGGCAGGAGUCCUGCACCGCGCGACCGCCCUCGCCCCCUCCGGCACCGGAGGGACGUCGUCGUCGUCGCCUACUUCACCACAGCAACCGCCGGAGCAGGCAGCGCCGAUGACGGUGGACUCAGACAUGGCGGUCAUCCUGGCGUCAAUGAUGUGCACGCUCGUUUGCGUCCUCGGACUCGCUCUUGCUUCCCGGUGCGCAUGCCGACGCCGACACUCCAGCCCCAGUUCCUCCUCCAACCCAUUCCCGAAGGGCCUCAAGAAGAAGGCCAUCGACGCGCUCCCCAGCAUCUCCUUCGCCGCAGCCGCUUCACUGCAGCCGGCAGCAACAGAGUGUGCGAUAUGCCUGGCUGAGUUCGCGGAGGGGGAGGUCGUGCGUGUUCUCCCGCGCUGCGGCCACACCUUCCAUGUUCUCUGCAUCCACGCUUGGCUCCGGACCUGCGCCACCUGCCCCUCUUGCCGCGCCUCCAUCGCUGCUGCUCCAGCCCCUGCACCUACGCUAGUGGUCGUAGUGGCAGGGAACAACAGGUGCGGGAGGUGCGGCAAGGCGGCCGCCCUGGCUGGUGGUGGAGAUAGCACGUUCUUGCCUUAA